AUGGACGACUUUGUAGAUAUCUCUGGAAUUGAUAUGAAUAACAAUUCAAAUCUCUCUAUCUAUAUCCAACUGAUUACCUUUAGGAAAGGCUCGGUGGAAGAGAUAUCCAUUGAUGUACCAGAAGAUUGUCAAGUCGAGACUGCUCGGUGUCUUUCUAGGCGUCUGAAUUUUCGAUGUCGCUAUGAAUAUGAUACUCGCAAAGCUAUUAUCACUCGGAACUCAUCUCUUCAUAGCCUGGAAUUACCAGAUCUGAAUGAUUUUGAAGUUGAUAUGCAAGGAUCGUUCUAUGAUGACUACAUUGAUACAGGAGAUACGGAUAUGGAUAUGGAGGUCUCCACAUACCAGAAUGUUACAACGCCUCUACCUGAAAGCUUUGGCGAUUUUGAGGCAUCUGAGCACAACAUUGGUUUUUCAAAUGAGCUAUUCGCUGACAUGCCAAUGAAUCUGGACGACGCUAUAUUCGGCGAUUUGAUAAAUGGCCUACAAAGUGAAAAUGAUGAUGGUGAUACACUACCGGACUGGAGUGAUCUGGUGAAUAUUGCGGACCAACACGGCUUUGACCUGGAUGCCAACAUGCUUGAAAUCACUCAACUCGACGACGAUGGUUUUGACGAUGAGCCUAGUUCAUGCGAAACUGUUCAGUUGGCAAUAGAUACCCCAAUUACCACUGUGGCUCAUAAUCUUAUAAAUGAGAUGACAUCUUGGACAGAGUCACCUCUGGCCCCUGUGGCAGUAUUCGACGUACCAACACCUCGACCCCUUAGUCGCGCAGAGUCGAUUAAAAGUAUGCCGGCCGGGCACUCACAGUCACAAAUAAUAGACAUUCUCGUCAAGCCUAGCCUGAAUCGAAGCGAAUCUAGCUUCAGCAAUACACCGUCAAGCUACCAAGAGGGCGUUUUUAGUUCUACGCCUGGUCUUUCGAGUGUGCCAACAACUUAUGGAUCUUCACCUCGUCGAAUGGGUCCUUUAGAUGCUGUCACUCGCGCCAAAGCAAAUUCAGUAAAAGCUAUAGGAGCAUGUUGGAGGUGCAAGUUUCUACGAAAGCCAUGCGAUGCGCAAACAUGUUGCAGCCAGUGUCGAGGAAAGCAAGGUGGUCCAUGGCACAGCAUUGGUUGCAAACGAAGCGAUAUUAAAAACAAAAUGCUUCCGAUAUCAUUAUGUCCCAAGAAAAUUGUUGGAUCAUCGCAUUCAUCUGCAAUAGCAGAUGAUUACAGACCUUGGAUAAACGCAAAUCAUUCAUAUUUGGAGAUACUCGAGCAGCGCGAGAAUUACUUAGUCCAUGGCAUUAUGAGUGCUUCUAGCCCCACGAAAGUCGACAAGUUCCUUCAGGAUUUGGAAACCGGUAAGCCGCUACUUGUUGGACUACAACGAACUCGAUUGCCCUUGCUAGGGAGACCCAACAAAAGUGCGCUAGCUGUUUUAAAACCACUCGAUGACUGUAUUCUGACUAUCCUUUGGGGACUUCUCGAAUGUGAAAGUGCCCAAGAAGCAAUUCGUUCUUGGAUGAAUCUGCAUAAUGGAACCCUAGGAGAUUUCAUAAUACUGCUAAAUUCCGCUGCUGUAUACCAAGCAAGUGUUAGAAGUAACCAACUGAUUGCUUACUCACUUACUUGCCUCCGUUCUUGUAUCGAAGCUCUACACGACAAUGCAUCAGGAGGCUUGGGGGAUUCACAUGAAGCAUGUGAACUAUUCAUUUGUAAGGUCGAUUGUGUACGAAAUAUCGAAUUACAACUAGAGCAGUAUCUAGACGAACUGUCUCGAGUUACUUUUCUGAAAGAAAACAUGCGGAGUCGGAUCUGGUGGCUGUCAACAUUCUACAGCUUUUGUAUCCAAGGGGUCAUUCGACAGGCAUUGAUAUUAUUAUCCUCCAAUGGCCAGAAUGAGGUAUCAAAAUCCGAGGAAUUAGGCUCCGCACAAUAUCUAUACAUUGCGAUCCGACUAUUCACUGUGAGUUCCGGUAACCAUGAUCCAUUAAUUCGAGACUGGUCCUCCGAAUUUGCGUUUUCAUCCCUAGACGAUGAAGCACCAAGAAUCGAAGAUUAUCAAAAUGCCCAAUCAGCGAUCAAGCAAUCUGAUUGGAGACUCAAAGGUAUCAAAAAAUCGGGGAAUUACCUGAAGAAUCUGUUCGAAGACAAUGGAGGUACUCUCACAGAAACUGAGAACGAGUAUCCGAAUUUCAGAAUUCUACCUGAGCCAUAUCUUCCAGAAACAUUUACUCUAGAAACAUGUCGACAACUUCGCGCCGAUUGGGAUUUGGCUCGAUGUAAUUAUACAAAGGAUAUAGUGCACGUCGUCAAGCAUCAUGGGCAUGAUUCGAAGGCGUAUACAGAUGCCGAGGGAAAAUGGACAUUCGUGGAAGCGGAGUGGAAAAGAUUUAGUGAUGAAACUAUUUCGAACACAGUCACCAAUGUGCACAAUGGCUGCGCAACGCCGAGAUCCUCAACUGACAGUCAUGCUUCACCUCAGAACGUUGACCUACCAUGUAGACCCAAAAAGAACAUUAAUUAUGCAUGCAAACCACCGUCAAGCACACCAGCUUCCACAUCAAAACCACUAAGACUCGACUCCCUCUUCACAUUCAUCAUCCCCUACCUUCCCUCACUUCUUCCGCCCCUUCCCCGGCCAUCCUCCCCACCUCCUUCAGAAUCCUCACACCUCACACCAGAGCCCCCAAAUCGAAAUCGAAAUCUUUACUAUCCUUACUAUAUCCGCCACCCCCCUUUCCAAAUCUCCCCUUCAGACUUAGAUCCUGUUGCUCAAGAAGGCUACUGCGGCUACUGUAUUCCAGGCCGCUGGCUUUCACUCGAUGGCCCGUAUCAAGAUGAUAAGGAUUUUAAACACGGGUCUCUGCGAUUACGGGGGGAAAAGUCGAGGGGCCUAGGUGUAUUGGGAAGGUAG